UAUUAAAUAUUCUUGUGGUUAUUGGUAAACCGUCCGCCGCAGGCCGCCUGAGGAGACUCUCCGCUCUUGUUUCGGACUUGCUGAAGCAUCUCUACAUCAAAAUUCAAAAUUUGUUCAAAAGUUGCACUAUAUUAACUAUAGAUAAAAGGUCGUUAUGGGUGAUCGUGGCGGGCAAGGAAGGGCUCGCGGUCGAGCAGGCCGAGGUAGCUACGGAGACCAACAGCACAGACGUCCGGGGGAACAAAUGCGCCCAGCGCAAUCUGCUCCCUGUCCGGGUGCCCCAAGACCUCAACCACCUAGUGCAUGGGGUCCACCUAGCGUAGCUCCACAUGUUAGAGCUGGAGUGCCUCAACCAACUGAACCUGCCGGCAGAGCCUCUCAUCGUUCAACUCCAUCCACUCAUGCACACCCUGGAGAUGUAGAUGUUCAACAAAAAAUGCAAAAUUUGGAUAUAGGUAGAAAAGAAUUAGGAAGUGGUGAUGUUGCAUCUGCACCGUCACGAGGCUCAUUCCGAGGUGGUGGAAGAGUUCUGCCUGAUCAAGUUCAAGUUCUUAGGACACGACCAGAAGCAGUUACAUCAAAAAAGGGAACAUUUGGUACACCAAUAAAUCUACUAGCCAACUAUUUCACUGUGGAGACUACUCCUCAAUGGUGCCUUUACCAGUACCAUGUUGAAUUUGAUCCAGAGGAGGAUCGCACUGGUGUUAGAAAAUCCCUUUUACGUCCACACACCAAAAAUUUUGGGGGAUGUCUUUUUGAUGGAACAUCACUGUAUACUGUGAAUCGUCUACCACAGAGUCCUAUGGAAUUUUACUCUGAGCGAAAAUCAGAUGGGGAGAAAAUACGGAUUUUGGUCAAGCUGAUUUGUGCUGUCAGUCCUGGAGACUACCAUUACAUACAAAUCUUCAAUAUUAUUAUUAGAAAAUGCUUCACCAUGCUGAAUCUUCAACUGAUCGGGCGAGAUUUCUUUGAUCCACAGGCUAAGGUUGACAUGCACGAACACAACCUGCAAAUUUGGCCUGGAUACAAAACUACUAUCAACCAAUAUGAGGACCGGCUGUUGAUGGUCACAGAAAUAACGCACAAGGUAAUCCGUAUGGACACAGUUCUGCACUUGCUGCAUACAUAUACCAACACUAAAGGGCCUUCGUUCAAACAUCAAUUUUGUCAAGAUUUGGGAGGUCAAAUUGUAAUGACUGAUUACAAUAUGAAAACGUAUCGAAUUGACGACGUGUCGUGGGAAACUACUGUCAGAUCAACGUUCCGUAUGAAAGAUGAAAAUAUUUCAUACAUUGACUAUUAUAAGAAGAAAUACAACAUCAACAUCAAGGAUAUGAGCCAGCCCCUAUUAAUAUCGCGUUCGAAGCCUCGCGACAUCCGAGCGGGAAUGCCCGAGCUGGUCUUUCUGGUGCCGGAAUUGUGCCGAUUGACUGGUCUUACUGAUGAUAUGAGAGCCAAUUUUCAACUCAUGCGCAGUAUGGCCGUUCAUACUAAAAUAGGCCCCGAUCAGCGAAUUCAGAAAUUGCUCCACUUCAAUCGCAGGUUGACUCAGACUCCGGAGGUCGUACAGGAACUGGCGUCUUGGUCGUUGAAACUGUCCAAUGACUUGGUGCGGUUCAAGGGACGACAUUUGCCUGCCGAGAAUAUAAUCCAGGGAAAUAAUGCGAAAUAUCCAGCUGGAGAUACUUAUGACGGUUGGACUAGGGAUAUGCGAUCGAAACAGCUUCUUACUAUUGCUCAAGUACCUUCGUGGGUCGUGCUCACCCCGAGUCGGCAGCAACGAGAUGCGGAAUCUUUCGUGGAUCUCAUAAUCAAGACUGGCGGCGGAUGUGGAUUUAGACUGCCGAGACCUGAAAUUGUAACAAUUCAAAGGGACAGCAGUGGGGAUUAUUCCAAUAUGUGCGAUACAAUUAUUGCCCGUAAAAAUCCCACUAUAAUGCUUAUCGUUUUGGCUAGAGCCGCUACUGACAAAUACAAGGCGAUUAAGAAGAAGUGCACCGUAGACCGCGCGGUGCCCUCGCAGGUUGUGUGCGCACGGAAUAUGACGAGUAAAACUGCGAUGUCCAUUGCUACGAAGGUCGCCAUUCAAAUGAAUUGCAAGCUGGGUGGAGCACCGUGGACGGUUGAAAUCCCGCUGCCGACGCUCAUGGUCAUCGGAUAUGAUGUUUGCCACGACACGCGGUCCAAGGAGCGCUCGUACGGAGCCUUUGUGGCCAACCUUGACAGGCCCAUGAGCCAAUACUUCUCAGCGGUUAAUGCACAUACUUCGGGAGAGGAACUCUCCGCCCAUAUGAGCUUCAAUGUCGGUUCCGCCGUUAAGAGAUAUCGCGAGAAGAACGGUGUAUUACCCGGAAUGAUUAUAGUAUACCGGGACGGCGUUGGCGAAGGACAAAUUCCCUACGUCUCCAGCCACGAGGUUGCAGAAGUGAAGAAAGUGUUAACUGAAAUAUACGGAACUCCGCAAUUCAAGUUGGCGUUCAUAAUCGUCUCGAAACGCAUCAACACGCGUAUCUUCGUCGACGGGAAUCGUUCUGGGGAUAAUCCCAAACCCGGAACUGUCAUUGACGACGUGGUUACAUUACCGGAGCGUUACGACUUCUAUUUGGUAACUCAGUCAGUCCGCGAGGGUACGAUCGCUCCAACCUCGUACAAUAUCAUUGAAGAUACAAGUGGACUGUCUCCAGACAGGAUCCAGCGUCUGACGUACAAGCUGACUCACAUGUACUUCAACUGUUCCUCUCAAGUGCGAGUCCCCUCCGUCUGCAAAUACGCCCAUAAAUUAGCUUUCUUGACGGCUAACAGCUUACAUGAUCAGCCACACCAUUCGCUCAGCGAAUCUUUGUACUAUAUCUAAAUAGUAUUAAGGAAAAUACGACAUUGUAAGUUCAAUCUGCUUUUGUGUAUUUGAAUGUGGAUUGUAAUAUUCUGCAGUCGCUUUUUUUAAAGUCCGAAAUUUCUUAAGAUAUAAUGGAUUAAAGUUAAAACAGUGUUUGUUGAAUCAGUUUUCGCACUUAUCUUACAUUAGGUCCGACGUGCCUUGUUAUAGACUAAAAGUCUCUCUACACUAGUAGUACUUACUUUUUUUAUUACAUUUUAAUUUGAAUCUCGUAGCUUGAAUAAAGUCAAACGAUUAACCAUUAAUUGUCGUAUUAAACUUGUCGAAAUACCUCGUUAAUACAUGUGCGAAAAGUACAAAAUAUAUUUGUGUUAAAAUUAUCGAACAUUUUGUAGUUUAUAAGAAAAAAAAAAAUUUUGUUUCAUUAUUACUUAGUUUGUAAGUUAUAUAGCAUAUAGUUAUAUGCAGCGAAAGUGUUAUUUAGAGCAAGAUUUCAAAGUGCCAGAAUUUAGUUACAAUAUGAUAUAUGUCAGAACACACCUAGAGACUCGUUAACUUGUUUUUAAAGUUGUUUAGCAAGACUAUUCUUAAAACUUUAUUAAAUAAAUGUGUUUAUUGGCUUUGAGAUCUUGGCCUAUGUUGUGAUGUUUGAUGAUGACCAAUCUCUGUUAAAACUUCCGGCAGCUCAGUUGCUCUGGAACUAGUUGAGAUUGGUCCUUACUCGGGACAGAAGUGAUAGUAUUAGUCAUUUGUUGAUUUAAUUCUAAUUCUUGGCAAGUUAAUCGCCUACUGCCGAAUUCCCACCUCGAACCGAACUUGGCGAGUGUCAUAUUGUUGCAUUUCCUAGAUGUCUACUGUGAUAGAGUUUAAGAUUUGUUUGAAGUACCUCCAUCUUUUUUAUUGAGAUGAGGGCUGUUUGAUGAUUACACUUAAGCGUUGUUUAAGAGGAAUGAUUGAUUCGAAGCAAUGCUUCAUAUUUUGGUACUCUAUUUUUUUAAGUAUUUUUUCAUUAAAUAUUCCCGCUGUCCUAUAGUUUGAUAACUGCCUAAGUAUUAAAUAAAGUCUGCAAACAUUUAACAUGUUACAGCCAAUUAAAACUUAACGUUUUAUUAAAUUCGUUCUUUGAAUUAGUAUCUUAUCGAACUAUAGGGGCGUGGAUUCUUUCGUAAA